ACAGGGAAUUUACCGGGUCGAUCGUGAGCGCACGUCGAAGCCGGAGGCGGAUCCUGAUCCGCGUGGGAUGUCCACGGGGUGUUUAUCCUGCGCAUCGCCCCGGCACAAGAUAUUCUUUUAAGGUACGUGUGAAUAACAAACGAUUUCCCAUGUGAGUAGGAUACGCAUGGAUGCUUCCUCUCAGUUUACUGCAUUUGGUCCAGUACUUUUGAGCCACGUUUACGAUGACUUGGUCUGGAGAGCAUAUAUGUAUACAAUUCUACAUUGGUACCUGGUUUCGUUAAGUCUGCGGCGAAUUGCUGCGUGCAACUGUUGGUGAUCUGCAUUAGUCGCUAAUGAAGGUAAAGUUCAUGUCAAAUAUAUUACAGUGAACACAAGAAACUAGAAUUUGCUUCCAUUAAUUGGAAGUAGUAGGAGAUAGUUUCUUGUUUUUGACAUAACUGUGCUAGCAGGUGCCUAAACCUGACCAAUAUUUUGUAACCUAAUAAAUAUUUAGAAGAAAUAUGUACUCUUGUACGGCGUACGGCUGAUCAAUAUACCAGGGAAAUAAUUGAAGUUACCCAAUAUAAGAACCUACACAUAUUUUUGCUUGGCUACCUUACACAUGGGCUAGCUACCUUACACAUGGCAAUGGAGGUUGAGAGGGAGGCUGCAUUUAUGGGAGCAUGACAUCCCAGCUAAUUAUUUGCAUUGCAGUUCCCCAGCAAGCUUGUUUCAUGCAUGCAUGCUAAGCCUGAACUGAAUUGAAUACAAGCUUGUCACAACGUCAUCACCACCUAGCUCCCCUCCCCCUUGUUUAACUAAUGUAAACAGCAUCAACUUGGCCUUGAAUGCCACAUGAAGAGAGAGCCCGGAUGUGGAGGAGUGUAGAUUAUGUGGCACUGGAACAUGGGUGGAGGGGAUUAGUUCCACUUCUACUACUACUACUACUACUUAAUUACCUUACUUAGCUGAGCAUAACAAGGGAAUUAGUCAUGGGUCCACUGCUGUCUGUCUCCCUCUUAGCACUUGACCCCAUAUUCCACUGACAGCUCAAGACCUUGCUGGCUCAUUAAGCUCUGCACACUAGCGCCUACUCGAUUAAGAAACCCCUCACUCUAUAUAAGUAGCCGCAUGCUUGCACGUCUCAUGCAUUCACAGAGCCUAGCUAGCUACCUGCCAAGAGCUGCCCUGAACCCUAGCCAGUAGUAGCUUCCCGGAACACCGUCACCAGUAGCUCGGUCUCACCUAGGUGGGGAACAGUGACACAGAGCAGCUAGCUGCCUAGCCUAGCCAAUGGCGAGCAAGCGGGCCACCACGCGGGAGCUCCGGGCGAUGUACGACGACGAGCCCUCCUCCAUGUCCCUCGAGCUCUUCGGCUACCAUGGCGUGGUCGUCGACGGUGACGAUGAAGACGACGACACUGCCACCGCCCUGCCCCAGCUCUCCUUCGUCGACAACUUCAAAGGUGGGUGCGGGUCGGCGGCGGACUACUACAGCUGGGCGUACAACGCCUCCGGCGGGACGCCGGGCGCCUCCUCCAGCUCCACCUCGUCGGUGCUCAGCUUUGAGCAUGCCGGCGGUGCCGGUCAUCAGCUGGCUUAUAAUUCCGGCACAGGCGACGAUGACUGCGCGCUCUGGAUGGACAGCAUGGCCGAUCAUCAGCACGGCGCGGCCAGGUUUGGGUUCAUGAACCCAGGGUCGGCCGAUGUCGUCCCAGAAAGCCAGGAGAGCAGCAUCAAGCAGCCGGCCAAGUCUGCGCAGAAGCGCUCGAGCUCGGGUGGUGAGGCGCAAGCAGCGGCGAAGAAGCAGUGUGGAGGAGGCAGGAAGAGCAAGGCCAAAGUUGUCCCUACCAAGGAUCCUCAGAGCGCUGUUGCAAAGGUCCGAAGAGAGCGCAUCAGUGAGAGGCUCAAAGUUCUGCAGGAUCUUGUACCCAACGGCACGAAGGUGGACAUGGUCACCAUGCUCGAGAAGGCAAUCACCUAUGUCAAGUUCCUGCAGCUGCAAGUCAAGGUGUUGGCGACCGACGAGUUCUGGCCGGUGCAAGGAGGGAAGGCGCCGGAGCUGUCCCAAGUGAAGACCGCGCUGGACGCCAUCCUGUCUUCCCAGCAGCAACCCUAGGCCAUGGAUGCAUGCAUCCAUGUUGAAUUUUUAUCCAAGUUUUAGAUGAUCGCGGCGGCACGUGUAAGAUCAGAAAAGAAAAGAGAGCACAAGCUCUGGAAAAAUACAUGGCAGAUCAUGUUUUUGCUUCACUCCUUUUAGAUCAAUUCUCCUUGUUUUUUAUGUGAUCGGGAUUUGAAGUUCUGAGCACUGUAACUAGUCCAAUAAAACCUAGAUGAACAUGAUGUUACACAGCUUAGUGAAACCUA